CGACGGGCCUGGGGGCUGUGCGGCAGCGCGAGAGACGCGCAAACACCGCGCCGCGUCUCGGCAGCCCGGGGCGGCACAGGCUUGCAACUGCUGAGAGCGACCCAGUAAAUCCCUCCCCGGCGGAGGCGCGAGUAAUCCAACGAGAACAGGCCGGAAUGGAGGUGGAUUUUCAUCACAAACACGAAGACGGAGAAGUCCGGGAUGUCAAAGGAAAUACUCUUUGUGAGAGGGAACGGCCAGGACUCGGACGGGGUCGACGAUUCAUUGCUUCUCGACAGUUACGACAAGCACUUCAACCGCGUGAAAAAGAAAGCUUUGGAGCGAAUGGGGUACUCGGAUGCUCAAAUCAAUGACGUUCUCAAACCGGGCAGCAAGCAGAAGAAGAACAGCAUUAAUAACAAGAAGUCGCCCAGACCAGCUCCCAAGUGGUCGGUGGGGGCUCGCUGUUGCAGCGUGUUCAGCGAGGACGGUAACGUGUACGAGGCGACCAUCACGGAGAUCCACCCAGAGAAGGAGACCUGCCGUGUGCAGUACGUCGGCUACAACAACGAGGAGGACGUUGCCCUCGCCAGCCUGACCCCGUCGCAGGGCCGCAAGGCCCGGGAGGACCAGGCUCUGGCGGCAGCCGGCACCGACGCUCCCCACGUGGAAGGGUCUGAAAACUGCAGCGAGGAAGAUUCCGGGCAAGUCAACGUUCCUCGGCAGAAAGGCAGGUCGCCGAGAAGCAACGGCAAACAGAAGAGAGCGCCGCCGGCACCACCGAUGGGGUUCAACGGGAGCAUGCCGCAGUUCCCCGCGCCGUCCAGCAUGAGCAUGCCCCACUUCAACGGCAUGCCGCCGGUGAUGCCCAGCGUCGUCCCGCCGAUGCCUUUCAACAUGAUGGAGAGCAGUGCCGAGCAAACCGAGGCGUUCUCGGCCAUGCUGAUGUCGUGGUACAUGAGUGGUUACUACACGGGCUACUACGAGGCCCUCAAUGCGCGUCGCAAGCAAAACAAAAAGUAAGUCAUUGUAAUUCAACCUAUUUUUAAUGAACAUUGUUGAAGAGUGCUGUGGUGGCAUUGUCCAAAAUUCCCUACUCUGUCUGUAAUUUUAAGUUUUGUGUAUUUAAGUAAUGUGUUCACCUACAAUUCAUUUGCUGUGUCAAAACAUUUAUAUCAUGACUGGAUUCAUAAAUGUGAAUUUUUAGGCCCUUAUUUUGUUUGUACAAAAUAGUCCUAUGAAAUUUGUAACCUUUGUGGUAAAAAUACAGAAACAGUAAAUAUAGUAAUGUAUAGGCUAACACGUAUGAACCCUACAUGUUUUUGAUGGUUGUUUGGGUUUACUGUAUUAGCUUAUUGCUGCAUUUUAUUCAGUGUGGUGAUAUUUAUAAAGAAUGAAUAAGGAUUGAAUUAGAAAAAUUUGUAGUUGUAAGAAAAACCUUAGUAAUCUUGAGGAGUGAAAUACUUCUGUUAUUUAAAUUUCACAUUCCUUUUUUUUUUUUGUCUUAUCCUGUUUGUCUCAAUUUUUUUUAUAGUUCUGUAGGUAGGUCAGUUGUAACAAUUUUGCAUGGCAGAAAGUUUUCAACUGAUGGAUCAGUCAAUGUAUUUUCUUUCUUGGAUGAGCAAAAUAGUUCCUGUAGCAUCCAGAUUCUCCAUUUAGUUAAUGUUGUUGUGUAGGAAGAAUGUGUAAGCUUUGAAAGUUAAUUAUUUAUAGCAGUAAAAAAAUAUCUUGAUGAACUGUAUUCUUGAGAGUAUAUGACUGAGAAAAAAUUCUAAAUGGAUCUGCAGUCAAUCGCUGAUUGUCGAUGAUAAUGAAGGGCCUAUGGUGCGGACAAUCCUUAAACAUUGGUUGAUCCAUCUGCUGGAUUAUUGCUGAUACAUUUAGUGGACAUUAUUUUGCCAUCUGUAUAAAUGAAACAUGUAAACUGGGAUGAGCUGGUGCAUAUAAAUUAGCAGUACAGCUUUUUCAGGAGUGCACCUUUAGAUUUAAAUGCCCUUGCACCUGUAGCAUAAAGUGAUGAUCAAAUCAUGCUUAAAAAAUUUAUUUAUCCAUUUAUGCACUUUCAUGGUUAAAAUAAUGUACUGACAAGUGGUUUUUCUGUAUGUUUUUGAAAGAAUGGGGUUUUGCUUUCCUUUUAACUCAAACUUGACUGUGGGUGAACCUUUCUUUGCUUGCUUGAUGAGCUGGCGCACUUGUGUUCCGAUUCAAAAGCUAGCGUUCUUGAAGGUAGACAGACACUUCCACCACAGCUGCGUUUCAUCUGCAUUAUUAAUUUGUUCAAACUGGGAAUACUCUUUGCCACCAAAUUUUGAGAAAUGUUUACAAAAAUUGGUGGCUCCUUGGUUGUCAUUCGCUUCAUUAUUCACCUUGUAGCAUGAUUUCACAUAUACCAUACCAUUGUUUGAAUUGUGUUAAACAUCUAAAAAUGCAUUAAAUUUGUUCUGGGACCUGUGUUCCCUCCACUCGUUUCUGAAUGAAUCAUCCUAGCUUCGCCUUAUACAGUUCAUCAAAGUUGUUCUUUUCAUAAACCGCUUGUUGAAUCAGCACUGCUUCCAUAAUUUAGCAUUGUUUUGCUGCUCCUUAUAUCUUGGAUCAUCUUUUCACACUCCAUAAUUAUUAUAAACUUUUGUUGAACAGUCUUCCUCGAGAUUGCUUAUUAUCUCCAUGUUCUUUGAAUAAAUCUUGCACUGGAUGAA